AUGAACAGCAGGAUGAGCUUUGGCUCCUCUGGUUCAAAUUGGAUAGAUUCUGCAGCAAGCCGCCUCACCCCGUUGCCGCCUCACCCCGUUGCCGCCUCACCCCGUUGCCGCCUCACCCCGUUGCCGCCUCACCCCGUUGCCGCCUCACCCCGUUGCUGUCUCACCCCGUUGUCGCCUCACCCUGUUGCCGCCUCACCCCGUUGCCGUCUCACCCCGUUGUCGCCUCACCCCGUUGCCGCCUCACCCCGUUGCCGUCUCACCCCGUUGCCGCCUCACCCCGUUGCCGCUUCACCCCGUUGCCGCCUCACCCUGUUGCCGCCUCACCCCGUUGCCGUCUCAACCCGUUGUCGCCUCACCCCGUUGUCGCCUCACCCCGUUGUCGCCUCACCCCGUUGUCGCCUCACCCCGUUGUCGCCUCACCCCGUUGUCGCCUCACCCCGUUGUCGCCUCACCCCGUUGUCGCCUCACCCCGUUGUCGCCUCACCCCGUUGUCCCCUCACCUGCUCGUGCCCCCCGCUGAGCAUCCACUCCACGAAUUCCGCCGCCGCUGCCCCACCGGUGCCCUCCACCCCCUUUUUCUGCACCAUCUGCUUCAUAUCGACGCCAUGCACGUGCACGAGGGGGGAGGAAGGAGAGGUGGUUGGGGGGGUGUGGGAGAAUGGCGUGUGGUGGGGACGGGGAAGAGGAAAGUGUGCUUGGCUCAAAUGGGUGCUGCAGAUGGCCGCGCCUCCACGGCUGCCCGCGCUGCUUGGCGGCGGCGCACCCGCACCGCACCUGCGCCCUCAGCGCCGCUCGUGCUGGCAGGCGGUUCUGCUGGACAGGCGGAUGGCCGCGGCGGAGUGCGAGGGGCGGGAGGGUGCGGGCGCGAAGUGGAGAGUGGGCGCGGUGGGCGCGCACGUGCGCAGGCAGGCAGCUAGCGAAGACGGGGAGCAGCGAGUGGAGCAGCGCGGUCAGCAGCGCAGGCGAGGCGGGUCGCAGGGCAGGCGAGGCGGGUCGCAGGGCAGGCGAGGCGGGUCGCAGGGCAGGCGAGGCGGGUCGCAGGGCGGCGGCGAAAGGGAGGGCAGGUAA